AUGAACACGUGCAUUUCUGUGAUGGUGUUUUUCUCCCUCCGUUGGUUGUUUUUUUCUCUUGCACGCGUUUUCUCUCCAUCACCCCCAAUUAGACAGAGACCCCUGCGGGCAUACGUAGAAAGACACAUCCGCGUACAUAUCUAUCUAUCUGUAUACAUAUACAUCUACAGAGGCAAUAAGGAGUCUGGGGAGGGGGGAAACCCAUACGGCGUUCUCUCGUGUCACGUAACGAGCGAACCACCUGCUCACACUUUGACACCGGGGCGGGGUGGGGCGCCGCUCUCUCUCAUGAAUCUGCGCCCGCAUAGACCCGGUGUCCGUAACUCCGCCCCUUUUAUUUCCGCUGCAGGUGCGUCCCAUAACCCUCAUUCCCCUAAUGGUCUGCAGAACGAGGCGUCAUUUGCCUUUGCGGUGGGCGAGGACCCGCAUCACAUAUCAUCACCGUGGGCAGGUGUCACAACGGAGUUGGGGGGACGGCCCGUUUUCGCCGCGUGUCCGCCGUUCGACCGUAUUUCUCAGCCUGUUACUCCCGCAGCGCCCUUGCAACGCGCUGGUGUAAUCGCCACCGAUACCACCGCCCUUCUACGUAUGAGGACAGGGGCAACGACAUCGUCAGCGGCGAAACGCUCUGGCGCAAGCCAAGGGACCGGGGACUGCAUCGUGGCGCUUAUUCACAACCGUGCCAAUGAGGUGGGCGUGGCUCUGUGCCUGUUUUCUUCCCUGGCGGUCAUCAUCACACAGUACGGUGACAGCGUGGCCUUCGCCAAGACGCUUUCAUUUGUGUUUUCCCGCAAUCCAGUUGAGGUGCUUGUGCCGGAGACUGCGCUGGACGGGAAUUUUGUGCAGACAUUGUUGCGUCACUUUCGUCACAUCACCUUCACGGGCGUGCAGCGCAGCACAUUUGACGAGGCCCGCGGCGCGCAUCGUCUUUUUGAGCUCAUGUCAACAGACGAGGCCUGCCUGGAGGUUGGCAACACCGACCGAUAUCUUUGCGUGGCCGCUGCCAACGCCUUGGUUGAGUUUUUGGAGAUGAAUUACAACUGCACGCUUCUUCCGCACACUGUGCGUGUGCAGUACUUGGCGCUUGAAAAUUACGUGGAGGUUUCACCAAUUGCUGCGCGAGGCCUGCACCUCAUCUCCUCUGGCCCGCCACCUCGAGCCCAGUCGGGUGGUCAGCGACAAGACGAUGCCGUGGGAUGCGGCCCCAAGAAACGUUCCGCCCGCAAGACACUCUUCCGUGGACCACGAGAGCAGCGACAGAGCGCACCGAUGCUGUCGCUUGUGGAUGUGUUGAAUCACACAAUGACAAUUGUGGGUGGACGGCUGCUGCGCUCCACCAUUCUGCAGCCUCUGCGCGACCCCACAAGCAUUGAGCUUCGCUAUGACUGCGUCGAAUGGCUGCGGCAAGAAGAAGAGACACUCAAGGCGCUGCGGCGCUCACUGCAAUUGCUUGGAAAUAACGACAUUGAACGCACCGUCUCUAAUUUUUCUCAUGAGCCAAAGGUACAGACAUUGAAGACCAUGCAGCAGCGAAUUGAGGCCGUUGUGACGUUGUGGCAGCUUCUGGGCUCCGCCACACAACUUACGACCACGUUAAGUAAUUGCUUGCGCGAGGACGAAGGCGCACUGAAGGAUUGCGAGCACGGCGGCCCUCGUAGCCAUGACUGCUGCCUCAGUAGCGACAGCGGCAAGUAUGAUGUAAAUGAAGGCGAUGCGUAUUGUUCUUUUCGUGAUGAACAACCGUGUCCCAAGAGGCGGAGACUGGAUGAGUCAUGCCAAAGCCCUCAAGGCGUUUCUCCAGCACAUUAUCAUGGCGUGACCGCAGAAGCACCGGCAGUUGCUCUGAGGACCCAUCGCGGCACGAAUACGCUCCUCUGCAAAAUCCUUGAGACUCUGACAGAGUGUAGCAUGGAGGAAAUCUGCGCCGAGAUUGCGCUACACCUGGACGAAGGCGUAUUGCGCGCCACCAGCGGCGUGGGGCCACAAGUCGGUGAUGGAGUGACGCGGCGAGCAUGUCGACCCAGCAGUGCCAUCUCUCAGGUACAGCACUGCUUUGCCGUCAAGCCCAACAUCAGCGGUACUCUGGAUAUAGCCCGUCAGCAAUACAGCCAAGCCAUUGAGGCAAUUUUUGCUCUCGCAGAGGAGCUAAAGCAAAGGUACAGUGUUUGGUCCCUGCAUGUCGUCUAUGAUGGUGUGCGUGGCUACCGUUUUUCGUACGACGCUCGACAUGAGCGUAAUGCACCUGAUGCUGUCUUUCUGCAGAAAUACUCUGGCGGAAGUCACGACUCACUUUAUCACAGCAGCCGCAUGACGAUGGUGGGGGAAGAGGAGAAACAAACGAAUACCAUGGAAAAGAGCGGUGGUGGUGGUGGUGGCUAUGGUGUUGGCAGGGCACACGCCGUGGCCACCGGCAGCGCCUCUCCUCUGCGUGACGAAUACUUUUCUACGCGUCAGGAGCGUUUUUGGCCAACUUAUUCCCACGACGCUGCGGCCCUGACACCUGGGGAACAGAGUGGGUGCAACGGUGAGCACCAACUCACAAAACACCAGGUGCGCGGCAGGCGGGUAGCGUGCACGACCAAUGAGUUGCUGGUCCUUUGCCGUAAUGCGGAAGACGCGGUGGCAGAGAUUUUUUACACCCAAGACGGUCACGUACGAUUCCUGAUUGAAUAUCUUCGGCAGCGCCUGGGGAAGCUGCAGGCGGUGUGUGACGCCGUUGCCUUGUUGGACAUGCUGGCGGCCUUCGCCGUGUACUCUCGGCGCAACGGUUGUGUCCGACCGAAAUUGUUGAAACCAGAGAGGCCUUUGGUGAGCGGCGGGGGCACUUACUUCUUGGAGGCCCGUCACAUUGGCGGCCUGGCGACAGCAAACAGCAUCCAAUGGGGCGACGAUGCCAGAGUCCUUCUUGUCACAGGGCCCAAUGCUGCUGGGAAAACGACCAUUCUGCGACAAGUUGGUCAGCUCUUUGCCCUCGCACAAAUUGGGUGUCUUGUUCCAGCCAAGGCUGCUGCGGUGCGUCCUUGUGACAGAAUUAUUGCCCACAUGCUUUGUGACGAUCUUGAAGAUACGACCACCUCUUCCUUCGGGAAGGAGAUGCGGGAACUCUCGUACUUAUGUCUGCACGCCACGCAAGAGAGUGUGGUACUGGUGGAUGAACUUGGAAGACGCACAUCUGCGCGUGAGGGAGCCGCGAUUGCGUGGGCGACGGUGGAGUUUCUUGUAGAGACACGAUGCCGCAGUGUCUUUGUGACGCACUUUGGGCCUUUGACGCGUCUUGAAAGCCGUUCCGCGGGUGCGGUGAAGAACUACCAUCUUGCAGUGGGCACCGAGAGCGACGAGGAGGGUGGUGCGCUGGGGGAUGCAACAAAAACUUCUGGUCGCCCGGCGUGUACUCCCCGCUUCGAGCACCGACUAAUUCCCGGCCCCUCACUGGUUGAUCACUAUGGGCUGCGUCUCGCGGAACGUGUUGGCUUUUUUAAGCCAGCACUUGACCUCGCCAAGGAGCUGCUGCCUCUGAUGGAAGGGGUUAGGGGAGCACAGCAAGUCGGCAACACUGACCAUGACGCCGCCGCUCCAGAAGCAGAAGAGGUUGGCCGUGACGAGCGUGUGGAAGUGUUGUCUGAUGGGCGCAACCGUGGUGAGCCGGGAGAGAGUGGUGAUGCUCAUGACAACGCUUCCCAACCAACCGAGGUGAGUGCGCGGCUUGCUAGUGCCACCGAUCUUUCCAGCAUUACUGCGGUGAGCGAUGAGUCGGACAUCACCGAAACCAUGCGGAAUUUUUAUCUGAACCAAUAA